GAUAUAGAAGGUAAUAAAAAUUCAGAUCAAGUCGAGGAGAAGCCAAUAUCCGCUUCAAAGAAAAGAAAAAGAUCUAAUUCCGGACAUGCCAAAGCAACUGACAAUCAGAAUCGAAUCAACAAUAAACUUGAUCCGGAAUACCGGUUAGAUAUCAAGAAGCAGUGGGAAAUUGCUCGUCGAAAAAACAUAACACCUGAAGAGCGAAAUAAAUCCAUCUCACAUUUAUUUGAGUUGGUUCGUGGAAAUGUGUCUGGACUUCUUUUUAAAAAUGAUACUUCUCGUGUCAUAGAAACCUGCCUAAAAUAUGGUACUAAAGAACAGAGAAAUAUAAUAGCAAGUGAAUUAGAGGGUCAUUUACUUGAGGCUUCAAAAAAUAAGUAUGCAAAAUAUAUUGUAUGUAAGCUAAUGAACUUUUGUCCAGAAUACCGGAGUAAAAUUUUGACCGAAUUUAAAGGCCAAAUUAAAAAAUUAUUUCUUCAUACGGAGGCACGUAAUGUUCUUCUUGAGGCUUAUGAGCUUUCUAACAGAACUGAAGAUCUAAAUAUUAAAGAUUUGAUUGCUGAGGAUCCUUCUAAUAAAGACAAAAUUCUUAAAAAUCUUUUUCAAGCUAUUCAAUAUCUAAUUAAAAAGCCAGAAUCAUUGAACUACGUAAUUAUGCACCGAAUUCUGUUAGAAUAUUUUACCUAUUCGGACGAUUCCAAGAUAAGAGAAGUAAUAGAAGUGAUUGGUGAUCAUGUUUCUAUGUUUUUACAUACUCGAGAGGGUUCACAAGUAGCAAUGUUAUGUUUUUCUCACGGCACCGUAAAGGAACGUAAGGCUAUGCUGAAAUCCAUGAGAGAAUAUGUUGCAAAGAUUUGUAAGGAAGAAUAUGGAUAUUUGGUAUUGUUAAGAGCAUUUGAUGUUGUCGAUGAUACUGUAUCAGUCACCAAGUAUAUUAUAGAUCAUAUAGUUAAACCAGGCGUGUUUAAAACAAUAAUGCAAGAUAAAUUUGGUCAUCGUGUAAUUUUGUAUCUGUUGACUGGAAGAACAAGGGCUAAAAUGUAUUUAAGCUUUGAGACAUUUCAAUUACUUGAAAAGGAUGAUGAAGUACGAGCAAAAACUAGUAAAAAAGAUCCAAUUGUUCGUACAAAUGAAUUGCGAAAGGCUAUAUCCCCUGCAUUAAUUAAUUAUGCAAAGGAAAAUACUGUAGAAAUGCUUUCAAAUACCUAUAUGACACAGAUCUUUUGUGAGACACUACUUUGCGGUGAUGCAAAUAUUGAAGAAAAACGAUCAAUAUUAGAAAAUAUACCUCCUUUAAUAGGAGAAACAUCAAAUGAAAAUAAUAUUAUGCUGACAUAUGCAAAUCGAUUCCUCAAAAUUUUGAUACAAGGCCAGUAUCAAAGAUUGGAUAAUAGGCAAUCCGAAGAUAAACGAGUUGAACUACAUUUUGCACCAUUAUUAUUUGACAGCAUCAAAAAAGAUAUUAUAUUUUAUGCUUGUAAUGCUUCUGCAUCAUUUGUAAUAUUAGCUUUAUUACAAGAUAAAGAGACUGGAUCCGAAGUUAGGAAGAUUUUGAUAAAGAAUUUGACAGGAAUUGAACAAGCAGCUCUAAAAGAUGUAAAAUCAGGGUCUAGAUUUAUUUUGAAAGAACUUGGUUGCGAUGUUACUAGUUUGAUAAAAACUUUAGAUGAUGAAUCUAAUGCCAAAGCCAAGUCAAAUAAGAGAAAACGGGAAAAAAAAUAA